UGAGGAGGGAAGUGUAGCAUCGGCGGCGGCGUGCGUGGCUGUGGCGGCGGCGCCUCGGGAGAGUGCCCGGCUGCCGUCCGGCUCAGCUAUGGCGCGGAGCUCGCUCUCCUCGCGCUUCCGCCGCCUCGACAUCGAUCAGUUCGACGAGAACCGCUUCGUGGAAGAGCCCGACGGCGCCGAUGCAGGGAGCGGGGCCGGCGCGGCGGAGGCGGAGGGAGGAGCCGGCCCGGAGGUGGAGGCGGCGCUGCGGCAAGGUGAUAUGCUCAGAGCUUUCCAUGCGGCUUUACAGAAUUCUCCUGUCAACACAAAGAACCAUGCAGCAAAGGAGCGGGCCCAGGAAGUGGUGCUGAAGGUUCUGACCUCCUUUAGAGGCAGCGAGAUUGAGCAGGCUGUGAACUCCUUAGACAGCAACGGUAUUGACUUGUUAAUGAAGUACAUUUAUAAAGGAUUUGAAAAGCCAACAGAAAAUAGCAGUGCAAUACUACUACAGUGGCAUGAAAAGGCAUUAGCAGUAGGUGGCCUAGGCUCCAUAGUCAGAGUCCUGACUGCACGAAAAACUGUUUAAAAGACUUUAUGUUCUCUGGAAUUGAGACACCAAGAACUCUGUUGGAGUCAGGAAGAAGUACUGGCUACACCGACACUUUGGUCCACUCUUCUAGGAACCACAAUCUACUGUGUGUGUAUGUGGCAGGCGGGGUGUCCCUCCUUCCUCUCUUGGAACAGUGUCCUUUUAAACAGAGGUGGUGGUGGUGGUGGGGCAAUUUUAUGUAUUCUUGUUUUCUGACUAUCAAGGCAGGAGCUGGGAGGGGAGUCUGUGUUGUGAAGGGAAGUGGGGGCAGCUCAUUUGGGUGCAAGCACCUGCUUCCAGAACAACUACUGCUCUAGCCAAGUGUGUGUGGGUGAGUGAGACAUUAAUUUAAAUUUUAACAAUUAUUUGGGAUUUUGGGAUGGGGCGGGGUGGGGAGCUGUGAUGUCAGAUGCAAAAUGAGAAGACCUUGUUUUGGGGGUUGGAAAAGGGUUUUAUUAUGCAAGAGAGCUUUUUGUACAUAGUUGAGACUAGGUGGGCUAAGUAUGAAGUUGGUUUCAUGUAAAGUGCCUGCUGCUCUUUCAAAAUAAAGUUCUUGGAUGGUUAGAA